AUGGCGGAGAGUCACGGAGGAGGAGGCGGCGGAUGCUGUCCGCCGAUGGAUCUGUUCCGGUCUGAGCCGAUGCAAUUGGUCCAAAUCAUCAUCCCUAUCGAAUCCGCUCACGUCACUGUCUCUUAUCUCGGCGAACUCGGCCUCGUUCAGUUCAAAGAUCUUAAUGCGGAGAAGAGUCCAUUUCAACGAACUUAUGCUGCUCAGAUUAAAAAAUGUGGGGAGAUGGCGCGCAAGUUACGUUUUUUCAAAGAUCAAAUGCUUAAAGCAGGUUUGACACCUUCAAUAAAGUCUACAACAAGAGCUGACAACAAUAUAGAUGACCUAGAGGUAAAACUUGGAGAACUUGAGGCAGAGCUGGUUGAAAUGAAUGCAAAUGGAGAAAAACUGCGACGCUCAUAUAGUGAACUUGUAGAAUACAAGCUCGUUCUGCAUAAGGCUGGUGAGUUUUUUUCUUCAGCUCUAAGCAGUGUCACAGCUGAGCAGAGAGGAAUGGAAUUGCGGCAAACUGCUGAAGAGUCCAUUGAAACACCUUUAUUACAAGAGAAAGAUCUGUCGAAGCAAAUACAAUUGGGUUUUCUUGCUGGUCUUGUUCCUAGAGAAAAAUCUAUGGCAUUUGAGAGAAUUCUUUUUCGUGCUACUAGGGGUAAUGUAUUCUUAAAGCAGGUUGCUGUUGAGGAACCUGUCAUUGAUCCUGCUUCUGGAGAGAAGGUAGAGAAAAAUGUAUUUGUGAUUUUCUAUUCUGGAGAAAGAGUGAAGAACAAAAUCCUGAAAAUUUGUGAAGCUUUUGGGGCAAAUCGAUAUCCUUUCUCUGAAGACCUGGAGAAACAAGCUGAGGGAAUCACAGAGGUUUCAGGAAGACUUUCAGAACUGAAGACUACUAUAGAUGCUGGGCUGCUUCACCGUGGCAAUUUGUUGCAAACUAUUGGAGACCAAUUUGAGCAGUGGAACCUUUUGGUGAAGAAGGAGAAAUCCAUCUAUCACACUUUGAACAUGCUUAGCCUUGAUGUGACAAAAAAGUGUCUUGUGGCUGAGGGGUGGAGUCCUGUUUUUGCCACAAAGCAGAUUCAGGAAGCACUGAAUCGGGCUGCAUUUGACUCCAACUCACAAGUUGGAGCCAUUUUCCAGGUUUUGCAUACAAAGGAAGCACCACCGACCUAUUUUCGCACAAACAAAUUUACUUCUGCUUUUCAGGAGAUUGUUGAUGCAUAUGGGGUGGCCAAGUAUCAAGAAGCAAAUCCUGGUGUAUACACUAUUGUCACAUUCCCCUUUCUUUUCGCUGUCAUGUUUGGUGAUUGGGGACAUGGAAUAUGUUUGUUACUUGCAACCUUAGUUUUUAUAAUCAGGGAGAAGAAACUUUCAGGCCAGAAGCUUGGAGAUAUCACAGAAAUGACAUUUGGUGGCCGUUAUGUCAUUCUAAUGAUGGCGCUGUUCUCAAUUUACACUGGCUUGGUCUAUAAUGAGUUCUUCUCAGUCCCAUUUGAAUUAUUUGGUCCCUCAGCAUAUGCGUGCAGAGAUCUCUCUUGCAGGGAUGCUACUACUGCUGGUUUAAUUAAAGUACGUGAAGCUUACCCAUUUGGUGUAGAUCCGGUAUGGCAUGGUUCCCGAAGUGAGCUGCCCUUUCUCAACUCUUUGAAGAUGAAAAUGUCAAUUCUUCUUGGGGUGGCCCAGAUGGACCUUGGAAUCAUAUUGAGUUAUUUCAAUGCAAAGUUCUUCAAAAACGGCGUGAACAUCUGGUUUCAGUUUAUUCCACAGUUAAUAUUUUUAAACAGCUUGUUUGGCUAUCUAUCGCUCCUUAUCAUUGUGAAGUGGUGCACUGGUUCAAAAGCUGAUUUAUAUCACGUUAUGAUAUACAUGUUCCUGAGUCCUACUGACGAGUUGGGGGAAAACCAGCUUUUUCCUGGACAAAAAACAACUCAGUUAGUGUUGUUAUUGCUGGCUCUUGUUUCUGUACCAUGGAUGCUGAUUCCAAAGCCUUUUCUUUUGAAAAAGCAACAUGAAGAGAGGCACCAAAGCGAAUCAUAUGCAUUACUUCAGACCACUGACGACGAUUCUCUUCAACCAGAAGCUAACCAUGAUUCCCAUGGUCAUGAAGAAUUUGAGUUCAGUGAAGUUUUUGUACAUCAACUCAUCCACACCAUCGAGUUUGUACUUGGAGCAGUUUCAAACACAGCUUCAUACCUUCGUUUAUGGGCUUUGAGUCUUGCCCACUCAGAACUGUCAAGUGUAUUCUAUGAGAAGGUCCUCAUGCUCGCUUGGGGGUUCAACAAUGUAAUUAUCCUUAUUGUUGGCAUCAUCGUCUUUAUUUUUGCAACUGUUGGUGUGUUGCUAGUGAUGGAAACUCUUAGUGCUUUCCUUCAUGCUUUGCGUCUUCACUGGGUGGAAUUCCAGAACAAAUUCUACGAGGGAGACGGUUACAAAUUCUAUCCAUUUUCGUUUGCUUUGUUCGGCGAUGAAGAUGAAUGAUCCGCUCCAUCAAAUAACGGUUGUUUCUGUCGGAAGUUUAUGGAGUUAAAGAGUGUGCAUAGCUAUGGAUCUGUGUUGAUUUUUUCAUUUAAACAUUGAUAAAAAAGAUCGAUCGACAUGAAUCAUGUACAAGGAAUUGGAGGGAGCUUUCGACAGUGCGAGCACUGCCCCUUUCUAAUGGCUGUUUAUUUGUUAUUGGCAGGAAUAAGCAGUUUCCUUAUUAGGCCAGCGGCAUUGUAUGUGGUAGCCCAGUUAGUGCCAUGUAUAACAAUUGCAUAUUUGAUUUA